CAGGAGCACGGAUCUCUCACAGAGACGCUCCGGGACUGUGAGGCAGCAUGAGCUUGAGGGCCACUGCGCCCUGCUGGUUCCCGCCAGGGCAUCCAGAAUCUCAGAGGAGGGCCGAAAGGGUGGUCCGCUCCGCCGUGGCGUUCCUGCCGCCUUGCUACCAUCCUGCCUGGGGCGGCUUGAUCUGGGUGCCUCAGAUGUGCACCCAGGCCCCCAAAUUUGUCGUCAUCCAUGCCGAGCCCCCGAGGAGAGGCCCGGCGUUGUCCCGGGCCUGGCCCGGGACACCUCAGAACGGGUGGUUCUGGCCGGCCCCACAGGCGCACAUGGAAUCAUUCCGCUGGCUACAAGCUGCCCCCCGGCCGCCUGAGGAGCCUUACUCGGUCUACAUCUCAGCCCCCGGUGAGAAAAGGAGGACUGCCUAUGUCGCCAAGCCCGGCUCGUCCGCAGUGCCUAUAGGUGCCAAGAGGCCCCUCGCGGCCAGCAGCAGCCUGCCCGUCCCAGUCCCCGAGCCUGGCAGCCGGCCACCCAAGGCGCGCACGUGGUCGGGGAUGGUGCCCAAGACCACCACCACCAUCCCGUCCAAGCGGAUCGCUUCCAGCCCCGCCUCCCAGGGUUUCAACAAACCCAUCGUCUCCAAAGAGCGUGAGGGCAAAGUCCCCUCUGUGGUCCGCCAACGUUACCUCAGCUUGUUUAUCGAGGAAUGUCUCAAGUUCUGCUCUUCCAAUCAGGAGGCCACAGAGAAAGCGCUGAACGAGGAGAAGGUGGCCUACGACUGCAGCCCCAGCAAAAGAAUCUACGUGGACGUCGCCGCGAGCACCCUCCGGAGGCUCAGGGGCCUAGUGCCCAGCGCCGCGCCAAGUCCCAACAGCGCCUCCCUGUACAGGCACCUCGGCCGCUACCUGCUCACCGAAGACCAGCUCAAGGAGAACGGCUACCCCUUCCCGCACCCUGAACGGCCAGGGGGAGCCAUCCUCUUCAAAGGCCAGGAGAAGCUGCCCAAAGACGCCUCCUGCAGAAUCUGCUGCCGCUGUGGCACCAAGUACCCGGUGUUGCCUUCGGGCCUCAGUGCUGGCGACCAGGAGUGUCGCUACCACUGGGGGCGGCUUCGGCCGGCAGAGGCGGCUGGCGGCUGGGAGACCAGGUACAUAUGCUGCGCGGAGGCUUUGGGCUCUGCCGGCUGCCGGGUCGCCAAGCGGCAUGUCCAAGACGGCCGGAAGGAAAACCUCCAAGGGUUUGUGAAGACCCCGGAGAGGGCGCGGUCUCACCCCGCCCAGCCUGGCGUCUACGCCCUUGACUGCGAAAUGUCUUACACAACGCUGGGGCUGGAGCUGACGCGGGUCACGGUGGUGGACCCCGAAAUGCGAGUGGUGUACGACACCUUCGUCAAGCCCGAUAACGAGAUCGUGGACUAUAACACCAAGUUUUCCGGGGUGACCGAGGCCGACCUCGCCCACACCAACGUCACGCUGCGCGACGUCCAGGCCGUCCUGCUGAGCCUGUUCAGCGCCGACACCAUCCUCAUCGGGCACAGCCUGGAGAGCGACCUGUUGACCCUGAAGGUCAUCCACUGCACGGUGGUGGACACAUCUGUGCUCUUCCCCCAUCACUUGGGCCUCCCGUUCAAGCGCUCGCUGCGGAAUCUCAUGGCCGACUACCUCCACAAGGUCAUCCAGGAUGACGUGCGUGGGCACAACUCCCAGGAGGACGCCAGUUCCUGCAUGAGUCUGGUGUUGUGGAAGAUCGAGGAAGACACCAAGGCCAGCGACGACUCCGGCCCGACACCUGCUCGCCUCUCCUGAAGCCCCAAGCCUGCUCUUAGACCCAGGCCUGGACUAAAUAGCUCUGUGAGGUCUCCAGAACUAAUACUUACCUCUUAAGAACACAAAAAAGAGAAAGGGAGGAGCUGCCCAGAACUUGAGAAGACAAAUAGCCGAGAGCAACCCUGGAGUCUCAAGCCCUCUUGUAGCAGCUUCUGUAGCCUUUUCCUCAUCUUUGCCCUUCAGAUCUCUGCCUUCACUGGAGAAUUCUGCCAACUCUACUGGCACGGGGACUAGGACAGACUUUGACCAUCCAGUCCCAGACCCAGAAGCCACUCUGCAUGCACCUGGCGCCAGAUACUAAUUCUUCGAGACCUGACUUCCAUUUGCUCAUUACGAGUUUAUGUGAACUCUUUAUUUUUAUUAUUUUCAAUGACUUGCACAGUGACCUUCACUCACCUGGAGAGGCAAGUCCCCUUGUGCUGCCUUCCGUCUUGACGGUCUGAAAAUUCAUUAUAAAAUAUUUCUGUCACAUCUCAUUAAAAUGGAGUAGAGAAACUAUGGGAAGGAAAACAUUCAGGGCAAGAUCGUCUGCUCCAGGAACGGUCGCACGGAAACAACCCAACGAAACAGCCUGCCCUAUCUUUAAGACUAAUUUUACUCAGCAGCUGACGUCGGAACUGCCAACUAUAGUCUUAAGACUAACUUUACGUGGUAACUGCCUCUGCUUAGAGCUUGCUGGCUCCCAAAAGUGCGAAAGUGCUUGUAAACUUUCGCUUACAUAGAAUUCCUUGUCCUAAUCAACCUCUAACCUUUCUUUUGUUCCCUGAACAUACCAGCUGCCAUCCUGGCCUGAGCAUAUAUGUAUCAG